UGCGACGAGACGCUCCUCCCGGGCCUCGAAAGCCGGUUUUACCGCGGCUGCCAGAGCCGCACCAUCUCGGGAAAAACGUGCCAGAACUGGAGGACACAAACUCCGAACACACACGACUUGAGCGAGUACAAUCACGAAGCGUCGACGACCACUAAUCGCAACGCUAUUCAAGAAAAAAACACCAUCACAAUCACUUUUGCACAUUUUUGCAGUAGUACAAAAAUUUUCGUCAUGCGCAAAAAAGCAUCACAGUCAUAGAGUUAUAGGCGAUUUUUUCCCUUUGUUUUUUUGCAAUACAAGAAAAAUUUGUCAUGCAAGACAAAUUUCUGAUGCAAAGCCUCCUAAAUGUGAUUGCGAUGGCGUUUUUUUCUUGGAUAAACGCGGGAUUGCAGGGCCUGGGAGACCACAACUACUGCCGAAAUCCGACCCGCCAGGAAACAAUUUGGUGUUACACGACGGACACAGCCGUUCGGUUGGAGCGAUGUGUGCCGCUCACCGUACCCGACGCAAUCCGGGCGCCC